GAUUGCAAGAGGGUCUUUGCCUAACAGUUGCAAUCAGUGUAACCUGGCUUAUUGUACCCUCAAUGAAUCCCCAACAAUAAAAAAAAAAAGCUUCCCAGCUCAUUCUAGGAAUGGCAAUCACUGAGCAACGUGAUUUACACCACCACUUCUCAAACUUUAAUGUGCAUGCAAAUGCCCAAGGAUCUUGUUAAAUGUAGAUUCUGAUUCAGUGGUUCUGGGGUGGACCCAGGAUUCUGCAUUUCUAACAAGCUCCCAGGUGAUGUUGAUGCUGCUGGCGUGGGACUAUGCUCAAGUAGUAAUGGGCUCGAGGGCUAGUAUGAAUGAAAAAACUUGGCACCCAUGUUGAGUGAACUGGUCCCUUCCUGCCAAACCCUAGCUAGGGCUGCUGCCUAGCCUCAGGGGAGUAGGCAGUUCCUCACUCUCUUAAGGUCUUUGUGGCUUUGGCAGAUGGUGCGGAUGCAUAACCUUCAGGGCUUCAUUGCUACCUUCUUCAGGCUGAGGAAAGAGAACAGGACUAAGGGAGGGAAGUACCUCUCUCCUUCCCUUUCUACUAGCCAUUAGUGACUGGGGGCUGCAGGGGGGAUUUCAUGGGUUUGUUCCUGGCAUGCAGGCCUAUCCCUUCCAGGAUUGGCUAUACCUAUGACCCUGUCUCUUCCUCUGCACAGCUUUUUGGAAAUUCUGACCUGGCACCUCCUUUUUGUCCUAAAGAGAGGAAAAGCAGAACUGGCACUGAGAUGGGGAAGGGUCCUCUCCUGGAGCUGUAGAAGGAACAGGGAACAGGGAAAUAUCUGUGGCAGCCAGCUCAGUUGUCCUAACAGCAAAACCAUGUCCUUCAAAUGCUCCUUGGGCUGGUGUGCAGUCCUUCUUCUGGCUGGUCUUACUGUGGCACCCAGGCCACCACUGGCGUAGAGAGCUGGAUCCUUUCUCAGGCCUGCAUUGCCCCCUGCCAGACAAGCAGAAGUACUGCUAGCAGGGCUUGGUCUGACACUUUAUAGCCCCCCUGCAGAGGUCCUUGCAAUUCCUAGAUCUCCGUCUCAGGGUGGGGAAACUGCAGUAACAUAGACACAUGUUCGCACACAGACACUGGUACAUGCACUUGCAGAGGUGCCCGUGGGUAUGUACAGGUGCACAGGCAUCGUGGACAUAAGCAAACUUGGGUGUACUGUAUGCAAAGACUUGCUGGGGUGGGCACUGACCUGGUAUAUGCACUCAAGGAGAUGCACAGAUGUUCAUUCCUGUUCUACCCCUGUUUGCUCCAAAAGCCUUCAGGGGCAGACUGCAUAGCCUUUUCUUUCCCUCAAAUCCUCAUCAGGGUGUGGCCCUUGUGGACCCUAUUAUUUUCUUUCUGACUGAUUUCUAUGUCCUUCCCGGCCCCUCCCUUGCCUACUUACCCAGCAUCUCUAGAAUACUGUUUUGUCCUUUUAUCUUAUCAGUCCCAGCUUCCAUAAUCUCAUUCUGGAUUUCCUUGUGGGUGAGCACUGGGAAGAGAUAGCUCUUCCUGUCUUGGAAAAACGCCACUGGUCUCCUUGGAGUCUUCUGGUCAGUGGGAUCAGGCGAGACUCUGAGCACAGGUGCGAAAAAAAUGGACAUGUUAGAGGUAAAACUCAAAAACCAGUGCAGCUCUGCUGAUGCCAAAAGCCUUCCUCCACCAACCAUGUGAUGCAAGUUCCAUGGUCCCAGCCCCACUGGUCCUUGCCACCACCUGGGUGAGAAGCAAAUAACUGCCUAUGUGGUUCCAGGGCUUUGCUGUUGACACUCAGUCCACUCUGAGCAGAAGGGCCUCUGCUGGGGCUGUAGCACAGCUUCAUGUGAUCAGCUCUGUGCCAGAACUCCCAGAGCAAAGGGGAGAGGCUGACCCAGUCAUGGUCCUCUAAGACACCCAUAUGCCAGCACUACGUCAGCACCAUAUUCAACACUGGGCUACGUCACAAAUAGACUGAGCCACUAAGGAGAGCUGAGCCAGUGCUGGGUGGCCCCCUGAGGCCUGGAAGGAGCACUGGGGAACUUCUGUCAGAAGAAGCUGAGGCCAAAAAAGCAUGUGAGUGGCUCCAAGCGACAGGAUUCCCUCAGUAUGCUCAGCUUUUUGAAGAAGGUUUGUUUCCCCUGGAUAUUGACUCUGUGAAGAAGGACCACGGUUUUCUGGACGAGGACUCUUUGGGGGCUCUGUGCAGGAGGCUGAUGACCUUGAACAAUUGUGCCUCGAUGAAACUGGAGGUUCAUUUUCAGUGCAAGCAGAAUGAAGAGUCAGAAGAGGAAGAGCAGUGUACCAUCAGCAGCCGCUGGGCCUUCCAGCAAGAAAGUAAGCACUGGUCUCGUGUGAGGUCCUCUGACUUGCUGGCUCCACUGAGCCCUGGCCUUCCAGUGACCUCAAGCUGUGAGAGUGUCCUCACUGAGUUUAGCGCCACCUCCCUGCCAGCCAUCACAGCGAAUCUACCACCUGAGCCAGCAGACCUGCCCUUAAUAGACUCUUUGCCCAGCCCUAGUGACCAGUCCUUCCUUAGGCCCACACGGGGCCAAGAGGGUCCUCUGGACAAAGCCAAGAAACACUGUUCCCGCAGCUUCCUCAAGCACCUUGAAUCUUUGAGGUGGAAAGAAAAGGGUAGUAGCCGGCAAGUAGACCCUGAACAUAAGCCAACCACCUCAGAAAAGGCCACCAAAGCCUCAUCUUUCCGUACUUGCCGUGGCUUCCUAUCAGCUGGAUUUUACAAAGCCAGGAACUGGGCAGCCACCUCAGCCAGUAGCAGUAGUGCUGGGACUGAGAGGGCCUGGGAGGCUUGGCCUGUGGCCACGUUCCAGAGGCAUCAGCAAUUAAACAGAGGGGACUGGCUGGUAUAUGUACCCAGGGACCACAAACCAGGCACCUUCCCUCGCUCACUGUCCAUUGAGAGCCUGUGUCCUGAGGAUGGACAUCGCCUGGCGAAUUGGCAGGCAGGUAGGCACUGGGGCUAUGAGGGACGCCGGGGCUCUUGUGGCUCAACGGGCAGCCAUGCCAGUACCUAUGACAACUUAUCAGAUCUGUACCCAGCUAAACAUGGACUGGCUGGGGCUGACGCCGAAGAUGAGGAGGAGGGGGAGGGUAGGGGCAGCUACACCCAUGUUGAUGACAUUCUCCAGCAUGUGUGGGGGCUGCAGCAACGAGUUGAACUCUGGUCUCAGGCCUUAUACCCAGACCUGGGGUCCAUAGAUAAGGAAGAGGAAGAUGAGGAAGAGGAGGAAGCCACUUCUUCAAUAGAAAUAGCCACAGCUGAGGUUGAAGGCCAGGCUGAGGCUCUGGCCCAAGAAGAGGCUUCAGCCCAUGGGAUGCCCCCACCCUGGGUCCAGGCUGAAGUCCAGCCAGUAGUACCGGAUCAGGCUCAGGCCCCAGCCAAGGCUGAGUCAUUGGCACCGGCAGAGGCCAAGCACCAGGCCCCAGUCCAGGACAAUGAACAGGAAGCACAUUCAGGCGGGGAACCCACCUCUACCUCCAACCUGUCUGUGCAAGAAGGACGCUUCAUUUCUGACACUGUGGCCUCUAGUGAACUUGAUAGUAGUGGGAACUCUAUGAAUGAGGCUGAGGCUGCAGGGUCCCUGGCUGGACUCCAUGCAUCAGUGCCCUGUGAACGGUGCGAUUCAGGUGUUGGGGCCUCACUUACCAGACCUUGCAGGAAGCUCCGUUGGCAUAGUUUCCAGAACUCUCAUAGGCCCAGCCUUAACUCGGAGUCUCUGGAGAUCAAUCGGCAGUUUGCAGGCCAGAUCAACGUCCUGCACAAGGGCUCACUGCUGCGGCUCACUGCCUUCAUGGAGAAGUACACUGUGCCCCACAAACAGGGCUGGGUCUGGUCAGUGCCCAAGUUCAUGAAGAGGAACAAGACACCAGACUACCAGAGACAGCAUGUGUUUGGGGUGCCACUUCUCAUCCAUGUGCAGCGCACAGGCCAGCCCCUGCCACAAAGCAUUCAACAAGCUAUGCGCUACUUGCGCAGCCAGUGCCUGGACCAGGUGGGCAUCUUCCGUAAGUCUGGAGUCAAGUCCAGGAUUCAGAACUUACGCCAAAUGAAUGAGACCUCACCUGACAAUGUCUGCUAUGAGGGCCAGUCAGCCUAUGAUGUGGCUGACCUGCUAAAGCAGUAUUUCCGAGACCUUCCUGAACCCAUCUUCACCAGCAAGCUCACCACCACUUUUCUACAAAUCUACCAACUCCUCCCCAAGGAUCAGUGGUUGGCAGCAGCGCAAGCUGCCACCUUACUUCUCCCUGAUGAGAACCGAGAGGUGCUACAGACCCUGCUCUACUUCCUAAGUGACAUUGCCUCUGCUGAGGAAAACCAGAUGACAGCUGGCAACUUGGCAGUGUGCCUGGCACCCUCCAUCUUCCACCUCAACAUCUCCAAGAAGGAUAGCCCUUCUCCCAGGAUCAAGAGCAAGUGUAGCCUGGUCAGCCGGCCAGGCCCCAGGGAUCUCACUGAGAACAUGGCUGCCACCCAGGGCCUAUCACACAUGAUUAGUGACUGCAAGAAACUUUUCCAGGUGCCCCAGGACAUGGUGCUGCAACUGUGUGGCUCCUACAGUGCAGCUGAGCUCAGUCCUCCUGGCCCAGCCCUGGUUGAGCUGCGACAAGCCCAAGCCGCUGGGGUGAGCCUGAGCCUGUACAUGGAGGAGAGCAUCCAGGAGCUGCUACACGAUGCGGCUGAGCGCUUCAAGGGCUGGAUGAAUGUGCCAGGGCCCCAGCAUACGGACGUGGCUUGUAGGAAGGCACCUGAUGGGCAUCCCCUGAGGAUUUGGAAGGCUUCCACAGAGGUGGCUGCCCCUCCAGCUGUGGUGCUGCAUCGCGUUCUUCGGGAGCGGGCCCUUUGGGAUGAGGACCUGCUACGGGCCCAGGUGCUGGAAGCCCUAAUGCCGGGUGUGGAGCUGUACCACUAUGUCACCGACAGCAUGGCACCUCAUCCCUGCCGCGACUUUGUGGUGCUUCGGAUGUGGCGCUCUGACCUGCCUCAAGGGGGUUGCCUGCUCAUCUCCCAGUCCCUGGAUCCUGAGCAACCCGUGCCAGAGUCAGGGGUGCGGGCUCUCAUGCUCACCUCUCAGUACCUCAUGGAGCCUUGUGGCCUGGGCCAUUCCCGGCUCACUCACAUCUGCCGCGCUGACCUCAGGGGCCGUUCUCCUGACUGGUACAACAAAGUCUUUGGGCACCUGUGUGCCAUGGAAGUGGCAAAGAUCCGGGACUCCUUUCCCACCCUGCAGGCAGCUGGCCCUGAGACGAAGCUGUGAGCCUUGGGCUGGCCCCAGGUUGGAACCACCCAGACUCCUGAUACCUAGGGAGUGAGGGGAAUUAAGAAUAGAUGCUGCUACUAGGGUUGAGUCAGUCCCAGAUGGCUCCAGCUGCCUAUCCUGGCCCCCUUAUUUCCUAAAGCACCACUGUACAUGUAGGAGAGAGAAAGAAUUUGUGUGUCCUGUCUCCACUCCACCUUCAUCCCUACACAUGUCCUACUCCCAAGGGAGGAGAAUCGUGUCAAUAGUAAGCAGACUGCUGCCACCCUCUACCUGCCUACAAGGCCACCACUCAGUCUGUAGCCUCUAAAGCCUCCUUGGUGGGGAAAAGGUCAAGAGCAGUACGUAGUCCCAGCUCAGUGCCAUACAUUGAAAGGCCAAGCCAUCCUGUUUGGUGCUAAGAUCCUUUUGAGGUUGGACAGGAGGUUCUGGACAUGUCUUUGGAACCAAUGAUAGCUCUGAAAUGGCUUUUUCAGAGAAAUUGGACUGGAGCAGAUGGACACAGGGGCAGAGCACAGGACAGUCCAGACACUAUGAGCUGUUUUAUAUAUGUAAAUAUGAAGCUGACAUUUAUGAGGCUGAUUUAGAAUGGGCACUGAUGGGCCCCUAAUAGGCAACAUGAUAAUUUGUGGUAGCUUGGGAUAUGAGUGUGGGGAACCAAUGAACCAGUCUCCCCUAACUUGGACUUUCCACUUGAUCUGCCACUCCCUGGGUCUCAUAUAGCCUUUGGCUACACAUUGCCAUGUCUGGAGAGCAAACAGGAUUGAUUCUGCCACCCAGGCCAAGCGAAAGCAGAGAGUGGUGAAGAAACAGGUAGCUAUGUUAUUGUCCCUUUUUGCCUAUGGUAGUAGGCUAACAUAUAGCCCUUUCCUGGAGCCUGGGACAGGUAGAUAGAAGAACUGGGCUUACUCAGCCAGCUGGGGCUUGAGCAAAACCUAAUGAAUCCCACCCAAGGCUGUCUUUGUUCAUAUGGAAAUUCAAAGGCCAACUGGUGCUUUAUUUUUCUAUCUGCUGAAUAUACUGGCGUGGGAUAGGUCUCAGCCACCAUUGUAAUUUUUAAGUCUAUUUUAUUUGUAACUGUAAAUACUGUAUAGUUGGAAUAUAUGUGUAUUUGUGUUAUAUGUAGAUACAUAUAUGUAUAUAUUCACAUAUGUACACACAUAUACAGCCUCUCAUGACUGUAUUAUACUCUCUUGGAGGGGAAGGGGUCUGGCAUGCCUCAGAGCACAAGACAUUUCUGAAAUAUAGGAGUGGUAGGGGAGAGAUAGGGAGCCAGGUAGCUGGCAGGGGAGCCAGGGCAGCUGGAUCCUUCAGCAGAACAAUAAAGCAUUAUCAGAGACACUGUUGGUCUGUGUGGCUAUCUUUUUGGUGAGAAAAU